AUGAACAGCUCCGUGCCCAGCAGCCAGCUGAGACACCCCGAGCCGCAGGACGUGGCCGCCGUCACCCCCGUGUCAGUCGCCAGGGCCGUGACGAAGAAGGCGGACGCGCUGCCCAUGAUCUCGGUCAUCGUGGUGGUCUUCGUGCUCCUGGCCGUGUUCAUCAUCCUCGUGGUGCACUACGGGCCCCAGCUCCGCACCGUGCAGAUCACCCUGUACCACGAGCCCCUGCCACAGGACCUGCACAACGGGGUGCACCUCACCCACUGGAAGCAGCUGGACCCUCAGAGGAGGUGGGAUCUGCCUGGCAUGGAUCUGGCUGGAGGGAGCUGCCAGUGCUCCUGCAAGCACCACCUUCCCAGCGGGAGCGCUGAGCCCAACGUCAUUGAGGUCACGUACCUGUGA